AAUAUAUUAAUCUCGCAACAAAGUUCGUCCUUCUCGUCCUCCCAAAGCUCUCUCUUGAGGAAGUUUCAUUGGAGAACAAAAAAAAAACCUUCGUCGAAUGCUGAAUCGAGGCAAUAAGUGGACGAGCAGUGAAUAAAGUAUAAGUGUUGCACAAUUAUUAAUUCUACAAUUGCAAUUAUUGCGCGAGACUCUUCGUUUAGCCGUUUCGCAGUUCUCUGCAAAGGCUGGACAAAGUGAAGAUUUGGGCGGAGAAGGAGUGAGGAAUUUGGCUUGGGAAGGAUUUACAGUUCCAUGCAGUGGCGCUGAAUAGCUGCCCUCGGCGUUCUUUGGGUUAGUUGUGCGUGACUGAGCCUCACCUGAGGUAUCAUCAUUGAAAACAGGGCAAUUAAUAUUCGUCGGGUGUAAUUGAUUCCGACUAUUGAGCGUGCCAAUGUGUGAUCCCCUGCUUAUGCUCCCUUGAAGUGGAACGUGAUUUCAAGUGAAGUUAUAAUUGUGCGACAAUGCGAGCUGCUCAGCAUCCGGAUCUCUCGGAGACGCUCCAGAGGCACCUCUUCAUCGAGCGCGUGAUCCAAUCGCCCCCGCCAUCGGCCACCAGACCCACCUUCAUCGACCCUCGCCUCCCGGACAUUGAUGAGCUAUCCACCAAGAUCCGGGACAUCGGCGACUUCAUGACGGUGACGGAGCAGGUGCUGAAGCAGGAGCGCCGCAAGGAAAACGAGAGAGAAUUUCGACGUGGCUCUCGAUCCAGCUGUGGUGAAAUUAUUCCGCUGGCAGAGCGCAGUCAUCCCGUGGGCCGUCUCAUGUCCUUCCAUGAGCGCCCGCUCUCGCCGCCGCACUGUGUUGUCCGGCAGACAAAGUCGGGCAGCCCGAAAGGGCUGCGAACGAAGCUGUAUUUCCGCAAUGGGCGCGUGGGAUGCGCCGAAGCAGACGCGGAUGCUCACAAUGUGCAGCGAACGUAUGCCCUGGUGAGGCACAUCAUUGCAAAAGAGAGCGAAGAGCCUCUCGUGCCACUGGACUGCGUCAAUCGCAUCCUGGCCGAGAGUGAAAUGCCCGUUCAAGCGGACAUCACGUCGUGUGUGCAGCCAGAGGAGAAGGAGGAGUCGCUGCCAAAAGAGGCGCCACUGGACAAUGCUCAGCAGAUUUCUCCGCCCAACAGUCCGAGUCCUGAUCCGGAGAAGGAUCACUUCGUGCGCGAGAGGAUGCAGCAUCUCAUCUUGCGCUUCUCCAAGCGCACGCACAAGAUGAAGAAGAAGCUUGAAAUUCCGCCCACGCCCUCGAGCAGUGCUGGAUCACCGUCGCUGCCCGGACCGGUGGGCGCGAUGCCGCCCUUUGGCCCCACACAGCCGCCCAUCGAGGAGAUCGUGCCAUCCAAGAGUCCGGAAGCGCCGGAGGACAGCAAGUCGCACUGCAGCUACCUCGUGUGCCCCACUUUCUGUGGCGGCGGCCGGAACGACGAUGUCCUGGAUCCGCAGGGCCAGUUCUACAUCUCCUGGCUGUUCGUCGUCACCAUGUCCUUCCUGUACAACGCCUACGUGAUACCGCUGCGCUCCUCCUUCCCAUUCCAGACGGACGCCAACACAUCUUCCUGGAUCAUAAUGGACUUGUGUGCCGAUGCGAUUUACCUGAUUGAUAUUGUUUUCAUUAAACAUCGGCUCAUGUUUCUCUUGGAUGGCUUCUGGGUGCGUGACAAGGAGAGAACGAGGCAGAAUUACGUGAGGAAAUUCCAAUUUAAGAUGGACAUGCUGUCGUUGCUGCCGCUGGACGUGCUGUACUUGAUCUUCGGCACAAAAGCUGUCCUGCUGCGUCUGCCGCGCCUGCUGAAGAUCCAGAGCUUCUGGGAGUUUUUCAAGCUGCUCGAUCGCGUGCUCUCCUCGCCGCACAUUGUGCGCGUGGCGAAGACACUCACGUACAUGCUCUUCAUGAUUCACCUGACGGCGUGCGCCUACUACGCGUACAGCGCCGCUCAGGGCCUGGGCACCAAUCGGUGGGUGUUCAGCGGCAAAGGGCAUCCGUACAUGCGAUGUUUCGCGUUCGCGACGAAGACCGCCACGUCCAUUGGCAAGAACCCGAAGCCCGAGAAUGACGGCGAGCUGCUCUUCAUGACCGCCGCCUGGCUGAUGGGCGUCUUCGUGUUUGCCCUGCUCAUUGGUCAGAUUCGAGAUAUCAUAGCCACGGCCACGCGCUCGCAGUCGGAAUACAAGCAGCUAGUGGAUGAGAUUUUGGAGUACAUGAGGCGUCUAAAUCUGCCCACAGAGCUCAGGCAUCGCGUGAAGAUGUGGUUCACCUUCACGUGGGAGCAGCAGAGGACGCUGGACGAGCGCCACAUUCUCGAUUCGCUGCCAGCGAAUCUGAAGACAGACGUGGCCAUCUCUGUGCACAUCCAGACGCUCUCGAAAGUGCAGUUGUUCGCCGAUUGCGAGGAGGCGCUGCUCAGGGAGUUGGUGCUGAAACUGCGCUCGGUGACUUUCCUGCCGGGCGACAUUGUGUGUCGCAAGGGAGAGGUUGGCAAGGAGAUGUACAUCGUGAAGCUGGGCCAGGUGCAGGUGAUGGGCGGUCCCAACAAUGACGAAGUGCUGGCCACACUGUCGGAGGGCUCGGUUUUCGGGGAGAUCAGCCUGCUAGCCAUCAACGGUGGCGGGAAUCGCCGGACGGCGGACGUGCGAUCGCGAGGUUUCAGCAAUCUCUUCGUGCUGUCCAAGUCUGACCUGAACGAGGCCAUUGUGUACUAUCCCAAUGCUCAGGCGGUGCUGAAGAGACGCGCCAAGAGCUUGAUGCGCAGAAAUGCGGCUCGAGAGGCGCAGCGGAAUGCCGCCAGUGGCGACGAGGCUGAUGUGGUGAUUGAGAAUCCACGCAGGAAGAAAACACCGCCGAAGUUGCUGCAGGCAGUCAUCAAGGCGCUGCCGCAGGAGUCUCCGGCUGUGACUCUGCUGACGCAGGGCUCGAAGAAGCGCCGCAAGCGACACACUCUCAGUCCACCGGGAUUGCCCAAGCAGUGGUCAGAAGUGAAGGAGCGCGUGCUGAAUGGCGGCGUGAAGACACUCUCCUGUGAUCUCCUCUUGGCCAUCCAGAAUGAACUCGAGGAGGAGACGAGUCCCUCCACCGAAGACAACUCCUUCGUCAAUCUCACAGACUCACAGAAGGAACUCAUGCAAAUGGGCAGCGAGCAGGACGUCGAGGCUCCGCCCGACGCCACAUGCAAUGGCCACACAUGCGAUGUUACUGUGCACAUUGAGAGGGAGUCAUCACUGAUUUAACUGUGCAGAUUUUAUUGUGAACAUUCUCAGAGAUGGUGAUUGAUGAAUAAAAAGUUGUGAGGGAGAAAAA